ACAUGCAUUUUUGUAACAGAAAUGUUUUUGUUUUAGGGAUUUAUCAAAGAUGUUCAUGAGGACUCCCUCACAGUUGUAUUUGAAAACAACUGGCAACCAGAGCGCCAGGUGCCCUUCAAUGAAGUCAGGUUACCACCACCCCCUGAUAUCAAGAAAGAAAUCGGUGAAGGAGAUGAGGUGGAGGUUUAUUCUAGAGCAAAUGACCAAGAACCUUGUGGGUGGUGGCUGGCAAAAGUUCGAAUGAUGAAAGGAGAGUUUUAUGUCAUUGAAUACGCUGCUUGUGAUGCCACUUACAAUGAAAUUGUCACUUACGAGCGACUCCGACCUGUGAAUCAGAACAAAACUGUCAAAAAGAACACCUUCUUCAAGUGCACAGUGGAUGUUCCUGAAGACCUGAGAGAUGCGUGUGCUAAUGAAAAUGCACAUAAAGACUUCAAGAAAGCUGUGGGAGCAUGUAGAAUUUUUUAUCAUGCUGAAACUGCUCAACUAAUAAUACUGUCUGCCAGUGAAGCAACAGUGAAGAGAGUGAACAUCCUCAGUGACAUGCACCUGCGCAGCAUUCGCACCAAGCUCAUGCUGAUGUCGAGAAAUGAGGAAGCUACAAAACACUUGGAGUGCACAAAGCAGCUUGCUGCAGCAUUUCAUGAAGAGUUUGUAGUCAGAGAAGAUUUAAUGGGACUUGCUAUAGGAACACAUGGCAGUAACAUACAACAAGCCAGAAAGGUUCCAGGAGUUACAACCAUUGAACUUGAGGAGGACACCGGUACUUUCAGAAUCUAUGGAGAGACUGCUGAUGCAGUAAAAAAGGCCAGAAGUUACUUGGAAUUUGUGGAGGAUUUUAUUCAAGUUCCCAGAAAUCUUGUUGGAAAAGUUAUUGGAAAAAAUGGAAAAGUGAUUCAGGAGAUUGUAGACAAGUCUGGAGUCGUCAGGGUGAGAAUUGAAGGAGACAAUGAAAAUAAGCUGCCCCGUGAAGACGGAAUGGUACCAUUUGUAUUUGUUGGUACUAAAGAAAGCAUUGGCAAUGUCCAAGUUCUGUUGGAAUAUCACAUUGCAUAUCUAAAGGAGGUAGAGCAACUAAGACUGGAAAGGCUCCAAAUUGAUGAACAGCUACGCCAGAUUGGGAUGGGCUUCAGGCCUUCCUCAGCUCGAGUUCCUGAGAAGGAGAAGGGUUACACCACUGAUGAGAGCACCCUCUCCUCAGUGCAAGGCUCCAGGUCCUACAGCGGCCGGGGCAGAGGCCGCAGGGGCCCCAAUUACACCUCUGGCUACGGUACAAACUCUGAGCUCUCUAAUCCCUCUGAAACAGAAUCUGAGAGAAAAGAUGAACUUAGUGACUGGUCCUUGGCAGGAGAAGAUGACAGGGAGAGCAGGCACCAACGUGACAACAGACGACGUCCUGGGGGACGAGGACGCAGCGUGUCUGGAGGUCGUGGGCGUGGGGGACCUCGUGGUGGAAAGUCAUCCAUUAGUUCUGUGCUCAAAGACCCGGACAGCAACCCUUACAGCUUGCUGGAUAACACGGAGUCAGACCAGACCGUGGACACGGACGCCAGCGAGUCCCACCACAGCAGCAACCGCCGCAGGAGGUCACGCCGGCGAAGGACUGAUGAAGAUGCUGUUCUUAUGGAUGGAAUGACAGAGUCUGAUACAGCUUCUGUUAAUGAGAAUGGUUUAGAUGAUAGUGACAAAAAACCCCAGCGACGCAAUCGUAGCCGCAGGCGUCGCUUCAGGGGUCAGGCAGAAGAUAGACAGCCAGUAACAGUAGCUGAUUAUAUAUCUCGAGCUGAAUCUCAAAGUAGACAGAGAAACCCUCCAAAGGAGACAGUAGCCAAAACCAAGAAAGAAACGGCAAAAGAUGCGAUUGAUGAAAACAGCCCUUCUGAAAAGGCAGUGAAUGGUCCUGCCACCACCUCUGGGGAUGAGCCUUCUAAACUACAGCACAGCCCUGAUGAAAAGAAAGUCACUGUUCAGGAGGAUGGGAAUAAUCAGGAAGAAGCAGUGCUGAAUGGUGUUUCAUAAACUGAAGUUCCUAGUUUACAGUUCUUUUACAUUACAUUUAAAAUAGUGCUUGUAUAAGCUUGCCAAAGAUAGAAUAUGGAUCGCCAGUCUUGA